AUGGCAAUUUCAGGUGUUGUAAAAUCUAUUGAGGAAGUGGCAGAUUGUAAUGAUGGUAAACAUAGGGAGGAAAUCAAAAACAAAGGUUCUGUAUCUUUCCGUCUAGAUGCUACAAAACGUAUAGAGGAAAUGCCAGAUCUAAGUGGUGUAAAGUCUAAUAUCAGAACUCCAGGUGUUCACACGAUAACGUCAAGGUUGAAAGCUUUCUUCAGUCUCCCAAGUCGAAAACAGAAAGAAUUUAAAGGUCAAAAUGUUGCUCAUCUUAAAUCUUCAAAUGAUGAAAGUGCUCUGAUGCAUGGAGCUACCAGAGAUGAUAGUGCUGGGAGAGGGGGAGACUCGGAAGAUAUAUUGACUGCCAAUGACAUGUCAGAGGAUGAAAUUAUUAAACUAAUCCGAUCUGAAUGUAAUAAAGGCAAUUACGAAAUGAUAAUUGUCCCCAUUGAUUUAUGGGACUUUGGCGGUCAAAAGACAUAUCACUUGACACACCAACUCUUUAUAUCUAGCAGAGGCACUUUUGUAUUAAUCUUCAAUGGUAGUAAAGGUAUCCAUGACGACACACCUGAUUACAUAGACUUACCAGGCUGUAAUAAUCAACGGAAUACUGCAGUCUAUCUUGUCCAUUGGGUAAAUUCAGUCCUUACAUAUUGUAAGACUUCGGCUGAUAAUGGAGGAUACCCAAAAAUCAAGUUUGUUGCAACACACAAAGAUCAAGUAAAAGGUGAUAUUGAGGAACAGAGACGAAUUUUAGUAACCUCAAUUGAAAAACUCUUUGAAAAUCAUGGAGGAAAACAACAUCUUCAAUAUGAACCACUUAUUUUUGUGGAUGCAAGAAACAAAGAGGACAAAGAAUUAGACACAUUGAAGAAACAGUUGGUGGAAGUUGCAUUAGACCAUCCUAGUUGCGGAGAAUUAAUGCCAACCACGUUUGUACCCCUUGAACUUCAAUUAGCCAAAAAAGCAGAGGAAAAAAAGAAAGUACUAUCCAUUGGUGAACUGAAUGCCCUUAACCAGCAGAAUGAAAAACAUGCAUUAACCCCUGAUCAGCUACAAAAGUUUCUGAAGGUUAAUCAUGCCCUUGGAAAACUGAUCUACUUCGAUGAAGCUUGCUUGAGAGAUAACGUUAUCAUAGAUCCAGUGUUUUUGGUAGACGUGCUACGUUCCAUCGUUACUGAUGAACAAUUUUGGCCAGAACAUCUCACUGAGGUACUUGGAGAACUUAAAGAAAGUGGAAAAUUGCUGAAAAAGGAUUUACACGAAAUAUGGAAACAAGACUGUUUCAAAGAGAUCUCAGAGCAUAAAGAAUAUAUGGUAGAAAUGUUAGUACAUUUGGACAUAAUUUGUCGACAAAAGGACGAUGAAUAUGAAUCAGAAUUGUUCUUAGUUCCAUGCAUGAUUGGAACCAAAAGAGAAGACAACCCACAAAUAGAUUUUGACAGAAGCAUACAUCUGGCUUAUAGGUUUAAGGAGGAAGUUGUGCCACCUGCUAUCCUUUACCGGUUCAUUGCGACUUUCAUAUCAAUGUGGAAGCUUCGAGUCAGCUCUAAAUCCAGUCGUCUGAUGAUCUUUACAGACAGUGCUGAUGUUACAAUUGAUACUGAACACGAUAUGAGAAUUGACAUUCAGGGAAACAGAAUCAUAGUUUCUCUUUCUCACAAAGAAAGCCAAAUUUCCAUUGUACCUACAAUUGCAUCAACAGCUCAGGAAUGCCUAACACAUGCCAUUACACGCAUUUCCAAUUUCUAUUUCUCAGUUUCAGAAGAUUCUGGUUGUACUAGAGAUUUACCUUUUACCAUUCAAAUUGGUAUAGUUUGUGGGUCAGAUAUAUGCUUUUUUGACCACAUGUUGAGAUCUAAGGAGGAAUGGACAUGUCCCGAUCACAAUAGAAUACACAAGACUAAUAGUGUGUCCAGAUGGUUUGCAGACAAGUUACCUACGGAGGGUGACAGAUGUCCAGAAUAUUGUCCUGGUCUAGAUAUGGCAUGGUUAGACAGCAAUCCAGAUGAUAGACAUUUGGGACGCUUAGCGGCUGAAAUGACAAUGGAAGACAUACGAAAAAUAUACAUGCACCUAAAGGGAAAGAAACCUGCUAGGUCUUGGGAAAUAAUUAACGAGUCAAUCAACAAAGAGCCUUUUGAUAUCAAAGUCAAAGCUUUGCAUGAUUGGAAGAAGAGCACGGUACAUGCGUCAUUCCAGCACCUUCAGCAAAGUAUGAAAGAGGAAGAUAUAGACUUACACAUAUUAUGCCAGAUUUCAAGAGAAUUCCAAAAAGAGUUUGACCAAUCAAAGGAGAAGUUACUCAUUAGACCAUCAAGUACCAUUACAAAACUACUGCCUGACCAUAUUGGAAUUCAAACAUUCCAGCUUGGAAUAGAACUUGGGCUAUCAGUUGUUGAGAUGCAACACAUUGCAAUGAACCACGUGACAAAUCUUCGUGGUCAAACAGAGGAGGUUCUGAACAAAUGGAGGACACUCCCCGAAGCUACAUAUGGAGUUUUAGUCAAUGCUCUCUAUCGGCUUGAUUUAUCUAGUGUAUUAUCAUACAUAACAUAUGAAGAAGCAUUAGAAGAAAUAUUAAAAGUAGGAUUAGAAAGAAAGAUGGAAGUAGGAUUAGAGGAACAAAUAGAAGUAGAAUUAGAGGACUUAGUAGAAGUAGAAUUAGAGGAACAAAUAGAAAUAGGAUUAGGAAAACAGGUUAAAGAGAGGAUUAUACAAGAUAUCGAAAUAAGUCAGAUUUUAGAUUAUAUGAUAACACAUUUAGUGAUAUCAUCUGAUGAUAGACGUCGUAUUGAACAGCAUGCUGGACAAGACGAUCAGAAUAAAGCCUUGCUUGAAGUAGUGAAGGAAAGGGGAGAGUCUACUUAUACAGUGUUUGUUGAUGCACUACGGAUAAGUGGAUACACUGAUUUAGCAGAUGAAUUGAAACGCGAUUCAGACGAAGAGGGCUCAAAUGAAGCAUUAGAACCACCUCCAAAUGAAGGAUUGUCAAAGUGGAACAUUCCAGUGUAUAAAGUUCGUCUACAGAAGAAUUACUCAAAUAUCGUUCACUGUAUAAAUCAUGAGAACAUAGUAGAUCAUUUAAUAUCAUGUGAUAUUUUGACAAUAGCUGAUAGUCAAAUGAUAAAUGCCUGUCCAGCACAAAUACAAAAGAACAGAAAACUAAUGGACAUCCUCUUGCAUGGGAGUGAAAAGGGAUUUAUUGAAUUUCUAAAAGCUAUACGAGAAGACUCUGUCACUACUGAACUGGCAGAGAAAACAGAAAGCACAUUGGUUACAAGCAGAGAUAUAUCAAUCAUGCAGGGUUGCUACAAAUAAACUGAAGAAGACAACGAAUAAUACCUGAGUUGGAAUUCAAUAAAUCUCGCUAAUAUCAAACGUGUGAUCCCGUUUUCAAUAUCAACAUAUCAUGCUAUGAAACAACAUCCCAGAGAAGAAAAUAAUUGGCAGAAGAUUAAAAGAAAUAACCAAAUCAAUAAUUGGUUAAUGUUUAUCUAUAUAUUAACAACUUACUAUCUUAUUUUUUCUUGAAUAAUGUACUUUUUGCAUUGUAACUGAUAUAUAAAUAUUUAUCUAUAUUUAAUGUUAAUCUAGUUUUUUUGUACAGUUAUUAUAGUAACAAAUUAUUACUGACUGAUUUGAAUUGUAUUCAUCUUAAUUAUUUUAUAUGUUAUCAUUUAUUUUUUUUUCAUAGAUAACUUGAUAUUUAUCUAAGUUUGUAAACUAUUCUAUAUAAGUUUUAAUAUUUUGUGAAAUGUUGUAAAUUAUCUAAGAGUAUUGAUAUAACAUUACAUUAUAUUCAAGUAGUAUUCUGUUGAUUUGAAUGAAAAAAAUAGCAAUGUGUAUGAUAGCUUAAAAAGACAACACGUGAACUGGACUGAAAACUUUUAUAUUGAUUUUAGGGUGUGUUACUUGCGUUGUGUGGAUGCAUAUGUUUCAUAUCUAAAAGAAACAAAUGAUUUGGAUUUUUUUUUAUUCAGUCAGGGUUUAAUAUGCUGCCUGUGCAUAUGUUUCAUAUCUUAAAGAAAACAAAUGGACAUUUUUUGUAUUG